AUGGCUCCUGCCAUCGCCAUCUCUCCCGCACAAACGAAACCGCAGCACCGCAGUGAGCUGCCGGCAUUGGCAGAGCUCGAGGUGUUGCACAAGAGAAACGAGGAGUUGGAAAAGGAAUUAAAAAGGAGCCUGGAAAGAGAAGAGAAUAUGAAACAAGAAUUGCAAAGAACGUGGGAGCGGCUGAGGGUGGCAGAGGAAGCAGAGGAGCGUCUUUGCUCCCAACUCGGCGAGUUUGAGGCGGAGGCUGUAGAUCAGGCUCGCUCUUACCGAGCCCGAUUAAUGUCAUUAAUGGAGCAGCUUUCUGCUGCACAAAAACUUCUUCAACAAGCCACCAUUAAUUCUGUCUCCAGUUCUCAAUGA